AUGCGCAGCCGUUUCAGACGUCGCGGCUUCCGCUCACGACCUUUCGUCCGACGCACCCUCACCGUCGCCAGGUACGGCGGCUACCUCGUCGCGUCGUCCGUAGUCGGGCUCGCGUUCAUCACCGGCGCUAUCUUUGUCCACGACGCGUUCACGUACACCGAGGCCCACGUCGAUCGCGUCCCCGUCAGUCCCCUCGCGCUGCACCCGGAAAGGGGAGGCCCGAAGAAUCUCCCGAUCGCUAGCACGCUAGUGGACGACAACGAGGACGAAGAGUAUGCGAAGAUUGCUGCUAAGCCGAGGCUGGUCAUCGUCGGCGGCGGUUGGGGAGCAGUCUCCGUUCUGCAAUCACUGCACGCGGGCGACUACCAUGUCACAGUAGUCGCUCCAGAUACCUACACAACCUUCACCCCUCUCCUUCCAUCUGCCGCUGUGGGCACCGUCCAACCGCGCUCACUCGUCGAGCCGCUCCGCAAAGUCAUCGCCCGCCUGCACGGGCACUUCAUCGACGCCAAGGCCGUCGACCUGGUCAUGCACGACCGCCUGCUCGAGAUCGAAGCCGUGGCGGUCCCGGGCACCGAGCCGCAGCGCAUGUACCUCCCGUACGACAAGCUGGUCAUCGCGUGCGGGUCGGUAUCGUCGACGCACGGCGUGCCGGGCCUGGAGAACUGCUUCCAGCUGAAGACGAUCAGCGAUGCGCGGAGCAUACGAAGGCGGAUCAUUGAUAACUUUGAGGCGGCGAGCUUGCCGACGUGCGAUCCCGAGGAUAGGAAGCGGCUGCUGAGUUUUGUGGUUUGUGGAGGCGGGCCGACUGGCGUUGAGGCUGCCGCCGAGAUCUAUGACUUGUGCCAGGAAGACCUGAUGAACUAUUACCCCAAACUCCUUCGACAGCAAGUAUCCAUCCACGUCAUCCAAAGUCGUGAGCACAUCCUCAACACGUACUCUGAAGCGAUCUGGAAAUACGCCGAAGACAAAUUCUCGCGCGACGGCGUGAACGUGAUUACGAAUGCACGCGUGAAAGAAGUGCACCCGGACAAGGUCGUGUUCACGCAGCGUCACGCGGACGGGUCGAUCGCGACGCUCGAGGUGCCCGCGAACUUUGUGCUGUGGUCGACGGGGAUCGCGAUGAACCCGUUCACCCAGCGGGUGUCGAACUUGCUGCCGAACCAGGUGCACAAGAAGGCGAUCGAGGUCGACGCGCAUCUAAGGGUCAAGGGCGCGCCUGCGGGCGAGGUGUACGCGAUUGGGGACUGCGCGACGAUCGAGACGAGUGUGUUGAGGUAUUUGCUGGAGUUGGUGGACCAGUGUGAUAGGAAUAAGGAUGGGAAGAUCGAUUUUGAGGAGUGGGAGUUGAUGGCCUCGCGAAUUAAGCAGAAGAUGCCCAUGACGGAGAAGCAUCUGGACAAGGUCCGGGAGCUGUUUGAGUUGUACGACUCGGAUCGGGACAACAGCCUUACGCUGAACGAGCUGACCGUCAUGCUGCAAGAAAUCAGCAACAAGAUCACCGCCUUACCCGCCACGGCCCAAGUGGCCUCGCAGCAGGGCAAAUACCUUGGGCAAAAGUUCGCUAAAAUCGCGCGGCAGAGCAAGUCAGCGGAGGGCACUGUGCGGAUCCAGGACGAGGACGUCGCGAAGCCGUUCAAGUAUGCGCACUUGGGCAGCCUCGCGUAUAUCGGGAACGCGGCCGUGUUCGACCUAGGCAAGUACAGCUUCAUGGGCGGGCUCGUCGCCAUGUACGCCUGGCGCAGCGUGUACUGGAGCGAGCAGGUGAGUAUGCGCACGCGGGCCCUGUUGAUGAUUGAUUGGGUCAUUCGUGGUGUCUGGGGCCGGGAUUUGUCGCGGUUGUGAUAAGGAGAAGGAAGGGGCAGCUGAUAGAGGCAGAGAGCUUGGACUCGAUGACAGUUAUCGACGGACUUGAAUGGUGAUGCCGAACGGUUUGGAUACGAUGUCUAUGUAUGUGGCUAGAUCACCGAUACCGUACAUGCAAAAGGGCUUUUGCAGCCCAGUCGACCAUUAUAUCUCGGAUGUAGGAUAGAUGUAAUUUUUUCUUAUACAUAACUUCUUGUCCGAACGCCGUCUGGCAUCGUCGCG